ACAAUUCCCAUAAUUCCUACGCAUGAAGCGGUGACAUUUAAAGCGGAUUAUUCCUGCAGUGUGGAUGCAGCCUUGAAACUUAAUUAUAAAUAUUCUCAUCUUAAAAAGAACAGCUCAUAUUUGAACACUGGACUCAAUAUUUAUUGUUUUAUUUAUGUUUACAAAUGUGUCCAUCAAAAAAGAUUCACACUGUCUAAUUAAAAAACUGCCAUGGCAGUUAAAGUGGUGUCAAACUGGAUUAUCCCUACAGUGUGGAUGCAGCCAUAGCUCACAGGCCCAGUUGUUUGAAAGCCUAGAAGCGUCCCUGCAGUUUAGAGGAGGGUGUAUCUCUUUAUUUCCUAUCUCUAUGGAAAAGAAGCUCCUCCUAAUCCCAUGAUGCAACGGGCUUCCCCAGGAGGACACGCCUCCUUCUUUUCCCAUUGGCUCGGCCUCAGUGCCCUUAGAAGGGCGGAGGCUUCAGUGCGCGUCCAAGAUGGCGGCAUCCUCGGGGCUGCUGCAUAGAAUCUGGGGGCAUCGCUUGGUUCUGAGUCUCCCCGCGCGCAGGGCAUUGUGGGAAGGGCUGAGGAAGAAGGAGAAGGUGGCAGAGGUGGUGGAACCAGCUGUUCCAGUGAAUGAAGUGGUAGUUUGUCCACCACCACGAAGCAAAAAAUACAUCCCCCCUGCAGAUCUCCAAAGUCGCCUGGAGUCUCACGUUCGAGGGAUUUUUGGAUCUUCACUCUCGGGAGAUUGGCAAAAGGCAUCUUUGGGAGACAGCAGUUUAAAGUAUCGUCUGUUGGCACAGCUGGCAGCAGAUUUGGGCCGUGCUGUCCCGAAUUCCCAGCUCCAUCAGAUGAAGAGUGCCAGCGAUGUCUUGGCUUUCUACAGCAUACCUGUAAAAGACAUGUCAAAAUUUGAUGAAAUGAGUACCCAAGAGCUGCCCUCAAACCUGAAGAUCAACUGGCAAUACUGAGCCGAAUGAAGAUGGAAGUAUCUUUAUGAAUUCUUGCCUAUGUAAGAGUGUCAACAUAGGCUCAGAGAGGACUUGUACUUUCCAGCUCUCCUGAUAAAUGUUACUGUCCUUGCGAUUACUGUCCUUGCAAUAACAACACUUAUUCAUUGAAGGGGAUAAUUGAAGUAUAUUCUUAUGUCUACUCUGGUUAUGUUAUUUAAAGAAGACUUCCCCUUAAAUAUCAUUUGUUUGUAAAGAAAUGUUAACAGCAACAUUUGCUUUAGUGAAAAACACACAUUAUGUAUUAGAUCUGUUAAUCAUUGAACCAAUUUUUCUCUCAAGUUGCAGUAGUGUCUUUCAGAAAAGUGAGAGGAAGAAAUACACACAAUAGCUACAAGACAUUGUACACACAACCUAUUCUGUUAGCAUCAUUUUGUUCUCUAAUCUUUGUAUAAUUGAUGAACAAUUAGGAAAGUUAGGCAGUAUUUCUCCCGUUUUAUUAUUAAAGUACAGCAGGCAAAGAAUUCGGCUCUUUUGUAAGAAAAUAAAAUGAGAAAUUUUGGUAUAGAUUGCAUUGUGUAUAACCUUUCUACAAAAUUUGGGAUAACUGCUUCUUGCAAGGUGUGUAGAUAUGAAAUGACUUGACGAUUACACAGGCUUACAAUUAAUUUUAUCCUUUUAAUGUGGGGAGUUUUUAUAAUGCUUUAAAAUAAAAUUCCUCUGCUUA